UGGAUACCAUUCCUUCGAUAAUUGUUGUAGCAGUUAGUAGUAUAUCAUUAAUUUUACAAACUAUUCACAAUCGAAAAAAGUAUGAUGAAAUACCAUCAGACGAGGUUCCUGAUGAUAUAAUCACUAGUGCGCGUUUUUCACCUGUAAAAAGAGAUGUCGUUAAACUUGGGAUUACGAUACUGCAGGCUGGCUUGUUUACUUUCUUGUUCUGUUGGAGAUUUAAACAUGAAAAUAAUAUAAAUUAUGAUACUAUAAGUACUGGAAUUCUUGCAAUUUGUUGGGGGAUGCUUAAUGCUGAAAUCUAUUCAAAAAGUUUAAGACGAAUUGAUUCUCAUGUUUCCGUUGUAAAAGAUGAAACUGAUAAAUCUGAGGGUAAUUUAGAUGAUGAUGAUAGCGAUUCAUCCGUUGGCAAGAUUACUAAUCUUAUGUCAAUUGAUUCAAAUCGUAUUAAUGAAUUCGCUAUCUGGUGGACAAGCGCAAUUGAUAGUCCAAUAGAAUUAGCUGUUGGUGUUUAUUUUUUGUAUCAAUUAUUGGGUGUUUCUUGCUUGCUCGGUUUGUCAAUUAUGAUUAUUACACUUCCAAUUAAUCAUAAAACGGCUAAGUUAUAUGCAAAAACCCAAGACAAACUUAUGAGUGCCAGAGAUCGUAACUUUUUCUUUUAUACCAAAAUUCAAGGAAAUGAGCUCACAGCAGCAGUUGCUUUUACUUCGAUAGUCGUUUUCAAUGAACUUCGAUUUGCACUUAAUGUUUUACCUGAAGUUUUUACUGAGGCACUUCAAACCCUGGUCAGCAUACGUAGAAUAGAAAACUUUCUAAAUGAAGAUGAGAUCGAUAUUCCACCUGAAAAUAAUUAUCCUCUUAUUACAUCGAUCUCUUUUGAAAAAGCAACU